AUGAAGGGCAACUGCGGUAAAAAGAGCAUAUUCAGCCCAGAGCUGCCGUGUCCUGUCGACGAGAAAGCUACGGUGCCCGAGGACGACGACUUCCGCCAGCUCCUUGUGAGCACGUGCGGCUCCGACUAUGCCAGCGGGCCGGUCUGCUGCACCCAAGCGCAGGUGGAAAGUCUGGGUGCGAAUCUGCAGCAAGCGGAGCCGUUGAUCUCGUCGUGUCCGGCUUGCCGCAACAACUUUCGAUCCAUGUUCUGCGCCUUCACCUGCUCUCCCAACCAGUCGCAGUUUGUCGACGUAGUCGAGACGCAGGAGGUCACGGGCAGCGAUGGCCGACCCUCCGAGGCUGUCAAGACUGUCGAGCUCUUCAUCGAGAGCGACUGGAAGCAAAAGUUCUUUGACAGCUGCAAGGACGUCAAGUUUGGCGCCAGCAACGGCUUUGCGAUGGAUCUGAUCGGCGGAGGAGCCAAGAACCCCAACGCUUUUCUCAAGUUCCUCGGCGACGAGAAGCCGCUGCUGGGCAGCCCCUUUCAGAUCAACUUUCCCGAUCAGCACAAAGCCGCCAGUCCAGAACGAUUCGCGGAGGCCUACGCUUCCCGACGAAACGACUCGCUACAGACGCCGAUCCCAUUCAAUGUGAACCCAAGGCAGUGCAGCGACCCUGAUCUCUUGUCCCGGUGCGCUUGCGUCGACUGCCCCGACACAUGCACUGCGUUGCCCGAGCUGCCAGGCUCAACCGGCGACGGCUCGGCCUGUGCGGUCGGCGCCGUGUCCUGUCUGACCUUUUCGGUGAUUCUGCUAUACGUGCUCCUCAUCGGUCUCAUGUGGUUCUGGCGGCCCCUCCGCAGGCUCUUACGCGGUCACGGCGCCAUCGCACUUCCUCACCGUACCAGCGGACACAGCUUCUUUGCCGGCUCCAGCGGCUUCGAGAGAGUCCGGCUGGGCUCCGAGGACUCGCUCAGCGAUCUCAACGAUGCAUCGCCGCCAAAUCGCAGCAGCGAAGGCAAUCUCGUCGGAGCAAGGGGUCUGGGCCACUUUGGCGAGGAAAGCUCGAGCACAUCUGCCCCAGAUGGCACAUAUCGAGGCAUCGGACUCGAACGCAACGACAAUCUCUCUGCGCUGGUCGCGCUCCAGCCUCGCAAAUACGCGCUCAACCAGUUCCUGACAAGGUCAUUUUACAAGCUCGGCCUCUUUUGCGCGAGCCAUCCCUGGCUCACCUUUCUCGCCGCGGCCGUCUUUGUCGGCACGGCAAACAUCGGAUGGAAGCACUUCGAGGUUGAAGUCGAUCCGGUCCGUCUCUGGGUGGCACCGGGCUCCACGGCAAAGGUGCAGAAGGAUAUCUUCGACAAGGAAUUCGGACCGUUCUAUCGACCACAGCAGAUUUUCAUCAUGGACAGCAUCGCUUACCAGAACCUGCCCAUGCUUCGGCAGAGCGCAUCGUCGGCCGAGCUCGAAAAGCUGCCAUCAGCUCUCACCUGGGAAAGGCUGCUCUGGAUUUCCGAUCUCGAACGCGAGGUCCGAGGCCUUCGCUCCCCGUCGGGUGUCACCCUGCAGGAUGUCUGCCUCGCUCCCGCCGGGCCGGGUACGCCGUGUGUAGUACAAAGCAUCUUGGGCUACUUCCAGGAUGACCCCAUCGGCUACGGGCUGGAAGCGAGCAACUGGGAUCAAGCUCUGGACCAGUGCGCUGGCAACCCUGCAGAGUGCCUACCAAGCUUUGGCCAACCCCUUAAAACCAACAUCGUGCUGGGAGGUCUACCAACGGAUGCACAGCCGAGUCAAGCCCGCUCCUCUGUGACGACCUACGUGCUGAACAACAGCCUGGACAGCAAGCAGGUCGCCGCUGCGGAAGAAUGGGAGCGAGAGCUCCUGGACCUCCUGACGAGGGUCGCUGCCAACCCUGUAAAUAGUCCAAAGACCGAGGAGGCAGCCGCAGAGCCUCAUCCAUUGUCUGUACGCAGACAGGAUCUCGGCUUGCAGAUCGCCUUCAGCACCGGUGUCAGUCUCGAGACCGAGAUAGGUAGCAGCAGCAAUACCGACGUUGGCAUUGUGGUGCUCUCCUAUCUGACCAUGUUCAUCUACGUGGCACUCUCUCUCGGAAGGCAGGCGCCCAAGUCGGGAGCAAGAACCGAUCCGGAACCCAGCCGUCCCGUCGCCGAGCCUGGGUCCUAUCCCCGAAUGACCUCGGCGUCGCUGCCGAAUGGAACAUCGCAAAGCCUGCGUCGUAUUCGACAGAUGAUCCAGUCCUUCUGCGUAUCAUCCAAGUUCACUCUCGGCCUCUUCGGCAUUCUGAUCGUGCUAUGCUCGGUAGCUUGCGCGGUCGGCAUCUUCAGCGCUUUGGGGGUCAAGGUCACCCUGAUCAUCGCCGAGGUCAUCCCAUUCAUGCUCUUGGCAGUCGGUGUCGACAACAUCUUCUUGCUGUGCAGUGAAAUGGACCGUCAGCUCGACAUGCAGGCUUCAGAGGGCUCUGCGUCCGCUCAUUUGGACUCGAGAGCCAGCGAAACGCUCAUCCCGUCGAUGGAACCGCCGCAGCAUCCCUCCUUAUCCCUAGGCGAUGACUUCGAAGCGCAAGAGGGCGCACGUCCAACGAAUUCCGCACAUCAAGCCACGCGCCUCACGAUCGAAGAAAGGGCUGCACGAUGCCUGGCACGAGUGGGACCGUCCAUCCUACUCAGCGCUACGACUCAGAUCGUGGCGUUCCUCCUCGGUGCGAUGGUGCCUAUGCCCGCAGUGAGAAACUUUGCCCUCUACGCUGCCGGAAGCAUGCUGAUCGUUGCGGUGAUGCAUUGCACCGUGUUUAUUGCGGCUAUGGCUCUCGAUGCACAUCGCGUCGAGGGAGGCCGAGUCGAUUGUCUUCCGUGUCUCAAAGCCCCUCAUCAACAGUCACACGCCAGGGCCUCCGAUCACAUCGUGGCCGCACCCAGCGAAGCCGGACUCGACCACUUCAUCCGGUACCGUUUCGCACCGAGCCUCCUUCGACCCUGGACCAAGCGAUUCGUUGUCGUGGCGUUCGGUGCCAUCGCAGUGAUGAGCGCCAUAGGCAUCCAAAGAAUCGAGAUGGGUCUGGAUCAGCGGCUUGCGCUGCCCUCAAAAUCCUACCUGCGACCCUACUUCGAUGCCAUCGACGUCUUCCUUGAUGUCGGCCCUCCCGUGUACUUCAUCGCUGCGGACGAGGAGGUGUCAGCUCGCCAAGGCCAACGAGCUCUGUGUGGCAGAUUCACCACGUGCGAGCCCCUGUCCCUGGCCAACACGCUGGAAGGGGAACGAGCCAGGGCCACAGUCUCGUGGAUUGCGGAGCCAGCCAGCAGCUGGAUCGACGACUUCUUGCAGUGGCUCAACCCUAUCCUUGACGGUUGCUGUCGAGUCAAGAUCUCGGAUCCCUCGGUCUUCUGCGGGCCCCGCGAUAGCCCCUUCUCGUGCCAGCCAUGCUUCGAGGGUCGCGAUCCUCCCUGGAACAUCACCAUGGACGGGUUCCCCGAAGGUGAAGAGUUCUAUCGCUACCUCAGGAAAUGGCUAGAAAGCCCGACCGAUCAAGACUGUCCGCUGGGUGGUCAGGCGGCCUACUCGUCUGCGCUCAGCAUUGCGAAGGACCCUGUCAACGGCAACGAGAGCGUGCGCGCGUCGCACUUCCGCACCUACUUUUCGCCUCUGCGCUCCCAGUCGGACUUCAUCAAUGCGCUGGAGCAGUCGCAGAGGAUCUCGGAAGACAUCUCGAGCCGAACGGGCUAUCGCGUCUUCCCCUACAGCCUCUUUUUCAUCUUCUUCGAGCAGUACACGUAUCUGCUUUCGAUGGCCGUACAAGUGCUCGGAUCGGCUGCGGUUGCCAUCUUUGCCAUCAACACGGUGCUGCUCGGCAGCUGGCGGACAGGCGCCGUGGUGACCCUCAGCGUGGCGAGCACCGUGCUGCUGGUUGCCGGAGUCAUGGGUUUCUGGGGCAUCCAAUUCAACGCGCUGACGCUGGUCAACUUGAGCGUCUGCGCUGCAAUUGGCGUCGAAUUUUGCGCUCACAUCGCUCGCGCGUUCAUGCGGGCACCUGGAUCUUUGCCACGAUCGCAUCCUAUGGCACAAAAGGAACGCGACGAGAGGGCCUGGCUCGCUCUCACGGACGUGGGUGGCGCCGUGGUGAACGGCAUCUUUUCGACCAAGUUGAUCGGCGUGGGUGUGCUCAUCUUUACCAAGUCGGACCUGCUCAAGCUCUACUAUGCCAAGACGUGGCUCUGCCUGAUUGUGGGCGGUCUGCUUCACGGCAUGAUCCUGCUGCCAGUGCUGCUUAGCUGGCUCGGCGGUCGCGGCUGGUCGAUGGGAGAGGACGAAUCGGACGUCAAGCGUCGGCUGAAUCGGGCGGGAUCCGAGUAUCGACCGCUAAUGGCAUCCGAGCCCGAAGCCAGCGAUGACGAGGAGAAUUUGUAG